CUGCACAGUUUGUGGAACUCUUCAAAGUGCGGAUCUGCUGGGAAAGACACUUUAAACCCGAAAGAGCGUCCCCAGGUUCGAGCCCGGGCUGAUCCGAACUGCGCGUAAACGUGGGCGCGAGUGAAGCCGGUAGCGGGACGCACAUGGACGGACUGAGAGGAGCUGUGCGCUGCCAGUCCCGCCGAGGUCCUGGUCCGGUUCAGACCGAGUGAAGAUGAAAGUUUGGAUGUGGAAGAAGAAUUUCAGCAUCUCCGAGCAGAAGCUGUCGCUGUGAGAUGGAAGCGUCCCCGCUGGGCCAAAGCCGGUUCACUCUGAGGAUGCAGCUGGUGCCCGGUGCGCUCUGAGCGGACUGACUCCUCUGUUUCAUGCGCUUGGCUCCCGGUUCUGGUCCUCCUCCUCCUCCUCCUCUUCCUCCUCCUCCUCCCGUUACCUCCUCACCGCCGAAUCCCGGAGCCGCGGAUGCUCACCGGAUCCCCGCGCAGCGCGCCGCCGCCGCCACCGCCGCUCAUGGAGCGCUCCGGGCGGCCGCCUCCGCCGCUGCCGCCGCUGCUGCUGCUCCUGCUGCUCGGCCUCCUGCUCCGGCUCUGCUCCGCUGUCACCGACGACCGCCUCAUCUCCGACCGGUACGCGGUCUACUGGAACAGCUCCAACCCCAGGUUUUUUCGGGGGGAGUACACAGUGGAGGUGGCCAUCAACGACUACCUGGACAUCUACUGUCCUCAUUACGAGACGGCGGAGUCUGCCGAGCGCAUGGAGCACUACAUACUGUACAUGGUGAACUACGAUGGAUACACCACCUGCGACCACCACCGCAAGGGCUUCAAACGCUGGGAGUGUAACCGGCCGCAGAGUCCCAACGGGCCCCUCAAGUUCUCCGAGAAGUUCCAGCUGUUCACGCCUUUCAGCCUGGGCUUCGAGUUCAGGCCAGGACACGAGUACUACUACAUCUCGUCACCUCAUCCAAACCUGGCCGGAAAACCCUGCUUGAAGCUCAAAAUCUACGUCAAACCAACCAACGACUCGGUGUACGAGUCUCCGGAGCCGUUCCUGACUGAUGACACCACGGGCGGCUGCGGCGUGGCUCUGCCCUCCGCCAUGUUGCUGGCCUUCCUCCUCCUUGUCCUCCUCGCCUCCUCGUAGCACUCCCUACUCUUCCUCCUCCUCCUGCCGCUUUUGCGAGGAUGACUUUUCCCGGCCUCCUGACCUUCUCAGCCUGCACCUGAACUCUGCACGGUGCCUCAGCCAGUCAGAGGAGGCCGAGGCUGGCGGCGGGAGGAGCUUUGGAGCUUUGCGUCAACUCCACUUUUUGGGGUCGCCACUGCCCCGUGAGAGCGCCUCAGUCGAAAACUGAAAGGAAACUGAUGCAGAGACAAAAGCUGAGACUCCACCGACUCCCCAUGUUUCCCGUCCCACGAGACGUGAAGGCUUAUUAAUGCUAAAAAAAUAAAAAAAAAUAAAAAAUCAUGAUCAGACCAGCAGAUUCCAGAAAAUGUUGCAAACUUUAAUGACAAAUGUUGCCACUGUACCAAACAACAAACAUGCAAAAACUUAUCCGCAUAUCUUCUUUCUGUUAAUUUAAAAGAGGCACGGCUACCAGAGCGGGUGUGGCGUCAGAUAGGCGUGAACUUUUGGGUGGGUGUCAGAGGGGCCUGUCCUUCUUUUAAAGACGACAACAACUCAAAAAUAACAGUUCAGUUAGUUUAAAUCUACAUAUCAGCCUUUGUGGGGAUCUCACAAACUACUACUUCCUUAUUCAAUUUUAUUUGAGAAAAUAAAUUCUGAAAAUAUUUUUAAUCAACAGAAUCGUAAAAACAACUUGAGGU